ACUGCAGCACUCUGGUUUUGUGUCUCACAGCAGCAGACUGAGAUUUCUCUCCCUCUCUCUGAGGCAAACAUGAACGCAGUAAUGGACGCCAUGCAGGGUUUUGGGGUGAGCACCACCCGCUACCUGCAGACCAACUAUCAGGACGCCCAGGGUCUGUUUCUGUGGGUGUCCUGGGCGGCGGACCUCAGAAACACCUUCUUCAUCUUCUUCCCGCUCUGGUUUCACCUGCGCUCAUCAGUGGGCAUCAAGCUCAUCUGGGUGGCCGUGAUCGGAGACUGGCUCAACUUGGUCUUCAAAUGGAUUCUGUUCGGGGAGCGUCCGUACUGGUGGGUCCAUGAGACGUCUUACUAUGCAGACACAGUCCGUCCUCACAUUGAGCAGUACCCGAUGACCUGUGAGACCGGCCCAGGCAGCCCCUCCGGACACGCCAUGGGCGCCGCAGGUGUCUACUACACGCUGGUGACCUCCAUCCUCGCCAUCAUGACCAGCAAGAAGAAGUUUGGGAGCAAGAAAUCCAGUAACAAGGACUGGUAUCUGAAGGCCGUUUUGUGGACACUGUUUUGGGGAGUCCAGGUGUGCGUCUGUCUCUCCAGGGUCUUCAUCGCCGCCCACUUCCCCCACCAGGUCAUCGCUGGUGUUCUCACAGGUAUGAUCGUGGCCGAAGCCUUCGACAGAACUCAGUGGAUCUACAACGCCAGCAUGAAGAAAUACUUCUACACGACUCUCUUCUUGACCUCCUUCGCGGUCGGCUUCUACGUCCUCCUCAAAGCGGUGGGCGUGGACCUGCUGUGGACGCUGGAGAAAGCCCAGAGGUGGUGCGACAGGCCCGAGUGGGUCCACCUGGACAGCACGCCCUUCGCCAGCCUGCUGCGUAACAUGGGCACCCUGUUCGGCCUGGGCCUCGGCCUGCACUCGCCGCUGUACGCCGAGACCAAGAAGAGCGGCAGCACGCUGGCGAAAGUCGGCUGCGUCGUCAGCUCUCUGUUCCUGCUGCACCUGUUUGACUCCUUCAAGCCUCCCACGCACACCGCCGCCCUCUUCUACCUGCUGUCCUUCUGCAAGAGCGCCACCGUGCCUCUGGUCACCGUCAGCAUCAUCCCGUACUGCGUGAACGGCGCUCUGGGCCUGCAGAACAAAAAGGGCGUGUGAAAAGUGAACUCAGAAUAUACAGACUGAUGAAACGGAGUCUCUUCCACAUAAAAAACUUUCCUCGGGUGCUUUUUUGCUUUCAUGUGAUCCUCAGGAAAAGCUACGAGAGCGACGGGAAACGUGAUUUGGACCCUGAACUCUGUGACACACAGUAAAAGCACAAUCCAGGAUUCCCAGCCGCGCUUAUAAAGAGCAUUUCUGAAUUCACCAAAAUACCACGAACACAUGAGCUGCAGCUGCUGUGUUCAACCUCAUUUUAAAGCCAAGACGUCACUCAGCUUUCAUAUGUUGUUUCAAAUGUUUCGAUAAUGUAUUUUAAAUGUUAAAGAAAGUAUUUUUGAAACUGUUUUGAAUAUUUUUUAAUAAAAAAAUGUCUUGAAAAUGUAUUAAAUGACUUGAUUCAAAAUUUUCUGCAUCAUGAAAUCACACUGGAUUACACCAUAAUUAACCCUUUAAUAUCACACACACUCGUAGCGCUCUGCGCUUUUCAAAGUCAGGCGAUAAAAAUAUUAUACCUUAUUUCAUCAUUAUUUAUUUAUUUUAAACCAACAUCAGUCCUAAUCAUGAAUAUCAAAUAUUCUUUUUUUUUACCCUUUAAAUGCCCCUUUUUUCAUGAUGCAGAUAAAUUUGUAGAUGCCCCCCGCCAUUUUUUAGAAAUUAUUUUCAAUAAUACUACGCCUGAGAUAUAUCAGUGAUUGGCAGCAUCAUUGAUUGUGACAGUGCACCUUGU